AUGGUUUUGUUGUGUUGCAGGGUAUUGUUGGUGAGUAUAGUAUACUUGUUUUUUUUAUAAACUAAACUAAAAUAUACAACUUUAUAUCUAAAUUUCAGGAUUUUCCGUCGGAUUUCGAAUAUACAGCAUCAAAAGAAAGAAGUUCGUGUUUGAGUCAGAGGGUGAGUUACUUAGAUCAAUUCUGUAAUAAAUUUCGUAUUGACCUUAAACUGUGAAUCACCUUUUUUUUCAGCUGAAGGUUGGCAUUUCUUAAACCCUGAUACUCUUUUUCACUCGCGCACUAAAUCGGUAAGAUUUUUUUGGUUACGCUUAAAUGUUACGGUCGAUUCCAACUUCGACUGACAAACCUGCAACUCUCAGAAAUAGCUCAAAAUUUUCAUUAGGGUUCUUUAUAGUACCAGUAUCACAUACAAAAAAUCUUAGCUUGUGGUUUUGAGCUUUAAAAUUGAUAUAUUUAAAUUUUCCGCUAAUUUGGCAAAUUUGGCAUUGUGUUGCAAGCACUUUUUUGAUGUCCUAGAUAAGAUAGGCUAACAAAUUAAAAAUUGCAGGUUGAUUUAAAGCUUUUCUAUCAUUACAUUAAAGAAAAAUAGUUAAAUGUCAAAAAACGACAAAGUUAAAAGCCUGAAACACUAUGCCAAUUUGGCGGGAAAUUCAAAAAUCGAUUUUUUGAUCUCGGUUUUCUCAAGACUGGUCGCGAACCGCGACUUUGCAUAAGAAAAAAAGAAUAAGUAAAUUAUUCUUACAACAUGUGCAUGUUUCUUCGAAAUAUCAAGAUUCAAUAAUUUUUCAGUUUUUGGUCUACAACAAACAGACAGACAGCUGGAUUGAAGUUAAAACCUAUCCCGAAGAGCUUAAGCUAAUGACAUCUAAAAAUUACCUUGACGGUGAUAGAAUGCGACCGCUCAAAGUUAUGGAAACAACAAUGUAUUCUGAUAAUCAAACGGUUUCUAAGUAA